AUGGGCACUAGCCGUUCUCGAACCUUAUCGCCCGUAUCCAUUAGAUCCCCAGAUCCCUCCGUAGCUGAGCUGUACGGAGUGAAGUCGCAUACCUUGUCCCCGGAAGGAAGUCAACGGGAUCUUCUCUCGGAUUCUGUGGACCUUGGAUCAGUUCAAAGUAAAACAACUCCUAGUGUUGGUGGUGUAUGGGCAUGGGACACACGAUUUGUGGAACAUCAGCGAUCGGAAUCACCUUGGUUACCCAGUGGUCAUUUAUCUGAUCUCUACAUUCAAGAUCAUUUGUGUUAUCGCUGUGGUCUGGUACAAAAGUGUGUGACAAAUGAUGCAUCCGUUGUCCGUUUUCGUCACAAUGGACUCUUGUCCGAAGUGCCCAACCAAUUGACCUUACCGAUCGUUGACAUGCUACACACCCAAACACUCAAUGACGGUGACACGGUACUUGUUCGCGUGAAAAAUGUGAACGAGUCCUGUGAGUGCUGGGUUCCGGCUCGGGUGCAGGGCGGAUUUUUGGGCUCUCCUGAUCCACGCUAUCCGCUACGUCAUCGGUAUCAAUUACGUUUGUUCAGUGGAGCAAAGGAAGAGGAGGAGUAA